GGUUUCUGGUGGAGCAGUUGCACAUUUCAUUGGCAUAUAUAGCCAUCGACUCUUCAUCAUCAUCAUCAAAUCCCGCAAAAUUACCGUUUCCAGCUGAGAAUCUAGCUCCGCCUCCAUGUCGAUGACGGAUUCCUUCUUCAAACAGCGAUUCAACGCCGCCAAAUGUAAGACUUUGCUGAAACUCACGAUUCCCCGGAUUAAGUUACUGAGGAAUCGGAGAGAGGCUCAGCUGAAGCAGAUGAGGAAGGAAAUUGCCAAGCUGCUUGAAACUGGUCAAGAGGCCACUGCUCGAAUUCGGGUAGAGCAUAUCAUAAGAGAAGAGAAGAUGGUGGCUGCACAAGAAAUAGUCGAGCUCUUUUGUGAGCUCAUUGCUGUUCGUCUUCCCAUCAUUGAAGCACAAAGGGAAUGCCCUCUAGACUUGAAGGAGGCGAUUUCUAGUGUAUGCUUUGCAGCACCAAGGUGUGCUGAUCUACCGGAGUUGCUACAGGCACAACAAUUGUUUACAGGAAAAUAUGGCAAAGAAUUCGUAAUUGCUGCAACUGAGCUUAUGCCCGAAUGUGGUGUCAAUCGCCAGUUGGUGGAGCUUUUAUCAAUUCGAGCUCCUGCACCCGAUGUAAAACUAAACCUUCUAAAGGAAAUUGCCAAAGAGCAUCAGCUCGAUUGGGAUCCUAGUGCUACCGAAAAUGAACUGUUAAAGCCACAUGAAGAUUUACUGAAUGGGCCAUCGCAGUUCGUCAGUGAUUCAAAAGUCCCCCUUCCAAAAGAGAAGCACGACGAGACAACAUACACUGCACCAGAACCUGCCACCCACGAACAAUCUGACUCGGAUUCAGAUUUUGACAUAGUAGAUUUUCCAGAAGUUCCUGUGCAACUGUUACAGCCAAAAAAGGCCGCUGUCUCAACACCAGUCAUGCUGCAUUUCCCGGAAUCUGCACUAUCAGACGAUGAUCAAGAAGAAGCAGUCAAACCGGAGCCUGGCAAUGUUAGUCGGGAGAAAUCAGUUGUAAAGGAAGAUGCAUCACUGAAUAUCCAAACAGGUGCUACAGAAGCUAAGCAGUUCGUGCCAUUCAUAUCCCCUCCAACUCAAUCAUCAGAAACUGUUGCUGCAACCAUGAGAGAGAGCAGUUCACCUCCAGCUAUAAAGAUGUACGAUGAUCACGUGGAUUUUCAAGCUGUACUUGCUGCUGCUGAAUCAGCCGAGCGUGCUGCAGCAACUGCACGUUCAGCUGCUGAAUCAGCCGAGCGUGCUGCAGCAUCUGCACGUUCAUCUGCUGAAUCAGCCGAGCGUGCUGCAGCAUCUGCACGUUCAGCUGCUGACAUUGCUCAGAUCCGGAUAAGCGAGCUUUCCAAGAGAAGGAGCAACGAGUUCUCAGCUCCUCAACAUCAUAACAACACCAACAACUCGAAUGGUGGUGAUUCUGGCUGUCCUUCAACAUCCCCAAACCAAACUGAUGCCUGUCAAAACACCGCGACUCAGCAGCUAACGCCUGUUUCGUCGUUUAAUUCCUCUCCACCAUCCGACAAUGCUCUUCACCUACCUCAGAGACUUCCAUCAAUGGAUGAUGAACCAUAUUUUUCCUACCCAAACUUGUUCACAUCUCAAGGCUCGAAUUUGCAGUCGCCUAGAGAGUCCAAGUGAGUAACCUUUGCUUAAAUUUGAUGUGUAUUCAUAUGGACAUAGCUUCUUGAACAUGUAUAUCUCUUAUUUGGGAUCGAAAGAACAAGUGUUGUUUCUACAUGUUACGAACAACCUAUAUUGUAAAUUUGAGUUUUUUCUUUUAGUUCAUGAUGAUUAUGCUAUUGUA